CUGUUUCUUUUCCUCUAUUUGCAGCACUCUACCGAUCCCAAGCUUGGCUCUGUGAGGCCCCCCACAGCUACACUGGAGCAAGAUGGUGCUCGACUCCCCAGCCUACCACCCCCCACUGCAUCCCGAGGUUUUCCAGGCAGACCCACAACCAAGGAGAGGUGGGAGGAAGAAAGAGGGCCCUCUGAGCCCUGGGGUGCAGCAGGACCCGUUCCCGUCUCCUCCGUCUCUGGAGUCGGACUCUUCUGGGCCUGGAAGAAGGACCAAGCUGCUGAAGCCCCUCCGGGGCCCGGGCGCCCCACCGCCCUUGCGCUCCUGCCUCGCCUUCCCGGGUCCCUGUGGCUGGAUGCAUCGGAGCGAGAGUAGCUGCAUGGUGAACCGGCAGGAUUGGGCACGGGGCCAGAUCCGCAGCGCUGCCUCCCUCCCUCACCUGCCCAAGGCCAGAACAGAGAAGGGGGCGCGCGGGGCUGGGAAGAGCAGCCCCUGCUUACUGGUGGCCCUGCGGCCCACCAACCUGGAGGUGGAAAGGGAGCGAUUCUUCCGGUCCUCGUGUGCCUACAACCCUCAGUUCGAAUAUGGGGAGCCUGUCCCCGGAACCGUGCUGGAAAAGUACAAAGAAGCCUCUGGGCAGUUCCUUUCACAGGCUAUUGGAAUAAUCAAUGCUGUCCUUGAAAAAUACGGCACUUAUGAGAGCUUUGAGGCCUCCAACGGUGGAAAGCUGCUCACUAAAUGCCAAAUCUGGUCCAUCAUCAGGAAGUAUAUGCAGAAGGAAGGGUGCUCUGGAGAGGUGGUGGUUCAGCUCACAGAAGAUCUACUUUCCCAAGCAGUCAUGAUGGUGGAAAACAGCCGCCCAACUUUAGCUAUCAACCUCUCUGGAGCGCGCCAGAACUGGCUGGAGGGCAUGCUGCGCCACGAGAUAGGCACCCACUAUAUCCGUGGAGUCAACAAUGCCCACCAACCGUGGCACAGCUCGGAAGGCCGCAAGCAGUACUGCCUGAGGCCCGCCAAUCCCACGGAGGAAGGGCUGGCGAGCCUGCACAGCGUCCUCUUCCGCAAGCAGCCAUUCCUAUGGAGGGCCGCCCUCCUCUACUACACGGUGUGCCAGGCCAGCCACAUGUCCUUCUGUGAACUCUUCCAUGACUUGGGGCGCUACGUGCAGGAUGCCGGGGUGCGGUGGGAAUACUGCGUGCGAGCCAAGCGAGGCCAGGCUGACACCUCAUUGCCAGGCUGCUUCAGCAAAGAUCAGGUGUACCUGCAGGGAAUUCUCCAGAUCCUCCGACAUCGACAGACCAUUGACUUCCGGUUGCUGGCUGCGCUGGGGAAGGUCUCUUUUGAAGAUGUGGAUCAUCUGAAGAAAUACGGGCUGCUAGAGAAGGCCCGAAUCCCCCACUUCAUGCAGGACCUUGAACGGUACAUGCAGCAGCUCAACCACAUUGUCACCACCAAUUGUCUGAAUGAGGAGGAGCUAGAACAGCUGAUGCCUGAGUGAGUCUGGCAAGUGCCGCUCUUCCAGCUUGUGCAGUUCUGCUGAACAGAUUGUGCUGUCAUUAGGAUGCCUGAAGUCCCACAGGAAGAGAGUCUUGAUGGACCGUGGCCUGCUGAAAACAAAUCAAUGGCUCCUGUGUUCUAUUUAUUCCCUGUUUAUUGGGGGUGUCUGGUUUUGAGUAUUAAGUGAAGGAAUCGGACCGAGGUCACAUCUUUUGAGUGUCCAAAGAGAGAAUUCAGCUACCUCAUGGAAUUUUGGUCUUGGGCCAGAGAUGUUCUUAAGCAGGUUUGCAAAGAUCCGUGUCUGGAAUACGUCCUCCUCCUGUGGACAGGUUAAUAUAGAUUGGUUUAGAACUUGCUAAAAAAAAAACCCUAGGCAAUAUUUUCAGGGUUCUCCAGUUGAGCCAGCUGAGUCUAUUCUCAUGAUGGCCAGAAAGUGCAAAGAUUAAAAAAUGCUACUUGAUGGCAGGUACAGAGGUUCUUAA